GAGCGAGCGGGCGGGCGAGCACCGGGCGGAGCGGAGCGGGGAGCCGGGAGCGGAGCCGAGCCGAGGGCGGCGGCCCCGGCCCCGGCCCUAGCCGGGGGGAGCCGCGCGGUGUCCGUGGCUCCGCGCCGCCUCGCCCUCGAGCGGGUUUCUCCUUAGGGAGCCGUUCCCCGGAGAGCCCCCGUCCCUUCCGCCGCCCCUCAGGCGAAGCCCCCCUCAGCUCCCCGCCCGCCCGCCCGGCCAGCGCCUCGCCACCGUCAGCCCGCCUCCCCCGCACCCCCGCGGGCGGCCUCAUCCUCCCGCCAUGGCUUUCUGCCGGCGCCUGGCCCGGCUGGCCGCCCACCUGCAGGACCCGCAGAAAGUGGCCGCCUUCCAGCGGCUCUGCGGGGUGGAGGGGCCUUCGGGCUGGGCCGAGGCGGAGCAGCGGGCCGGGGGCCGGGGGCCCGUGGUGAACGGCGGCCCCCCGGCCGCGGAGCGGGCGAGAGGACAGGGGCAUCCCGCCGGGAACGGAACGGUGCCCGGCGGGGCGGGCCCCCCGCAGCGGUGGAGGAGGAGGCCGCGCCGCAACUCCCUCACGGAGGAGGACGGCAGCCAGGAGUUCUCCACCCGCAGCCGCUUCCUCUACUAUCUCUUCAGCCUGGGCACGGAGCUGGGCAACGAGCUCUUCUACAUCCUCUUCUUCCCCUUCUGCAUCUGGAACUUGGACGCCUGGCUGGGGCGGAGGCUUAUCAUCAUCUGGGUGUGGGUGAUGUACCUGGGGCAGUGCACCAAGGAUGUCAUCCGCUGGCCGCGGCCUGCCUCCCCGCCCGUGGUGAAGCUGGAAGUCUUCUACAACUCCGAGUACAGCAUGCCCUCCACCCACGCCAUGUCGGGCACCGCCAUCCCCCUGGCGCUCCUGCUGCUCAGCUACGGCCGCUGGCAGUAUCCCCUUAUGUUUGGACUGAUCCUUGCAUUCUGCUGGUGUGCUUUGGUUUGCUGUAGUCGAAUUUAUAUGGGAAUGCAUUCAAUUCUGGAUGUUAUUGCUGGAUUUCUUUAUGCUAUUCUCAUCUUGGUUGUCUUCCAUCCAGUUGUGGACCUGAUUGAUAACUUCAACUUAACUUACAAAUAUGCACCCUUAAUUAUCAUCAGUCUCCAUUUAGCCCUGGGCAUCUUCUCUUUUACUCUAGACACCUGGAGCACAUCACGGGGAGACACAGCUCAGAUACUGGGCUGUGGUGCUGGAGUAGCCUGUGGUUCUCACGUUAACUACAUAAUGGGUCUAAAGCUAGAUCCUCUUCCCGAUAUGUUACCUUUAUCUCUUUCCUCUCUCACUGUGACUGUGUUUGGAAAAGCCAUAUUGAGGUUGUUGAUUGGAGUAAUUGUUCUGUUGUUAACAAAAGUGGCGAUGAAAAAAGCCACUAUUCCAUUGGCAUGUAAAAUAUUUCGCAUACCACAUGACAAUGUACGGAAAGCAAGACAACGCAUGGAAGUUGAGCUUCCCUAUCGCUAUAUUACGUAUGGAAUGGUUGGGUUCUCCCUCAUGUUUAUAGUUCCUUGCCUGUUCCAUUUUAUUGGUCUUUCUUGAUGCAGUUUUAUCACUUUAAAUAGGGAGAACAGAGCAAGUUGGUUUUUGAAGGGGUGCACUAGUUUGCUAAGGGAAGGCCAGUGAGCUUGGCUUUAGCAGGGUUUUCACUUUAACAGCAAUACAUAACAGGCAAAGCAUUUAAAGAACUUUGCAUAUCUUUGGGUAUGAUAUGGGGCCAGAAGUCAAAUAUCAGUCCAUGAGAAGUGCUGAACUCUAUAAAUGCUAUGUCUAGACUUAUUGCUGUAACAAAGUAUCUGUGUGUGUGUGAUGCAAUGAAUGUAUCUGGAAUGUCUGUCAUACUGUACCUGUAUACAUUGACAUUUUAACAGGUAUGUCUGACGGCUAAUCAGAAAGCUCCAUUCAUGAUCUGUUUGCCAUUUCAUAGUAAUUUAUUCAAGUUGUUGGACCAUAGACUGCUAAAUUUGCUUUUCCUCUAUUCUUUCCUGAAGUCCUGCUUCAAGAUGUUUCAGCUAAUAGGCAUUUCUAAUGGACCAAACUUGUAAUGAGGUUGAAUUUUUCUAAAAACCAAACAGAAGCCUUUUUGUCUAGCCCCCUCUACAAAGUAAAAUAUCUGGAUUGGCAUUAGUAGAUAUCACUAGCAUAUAUAUGAUUCAGGUACUGUAUUUUAUGGUUUAAUAACUGUGCCUUUCUGUUGCUAAAUUAAGAAAUGCCAUAUAUACUGUGAUGUAAAAAUGCCUAAUUUUAUUUAAAAUCCUACAUAAUUAGGCAGAUAUUUUUAAAUGUUAGAUUGUCCAUGUUGCAGGCACGGUUCAAGUUAACUGGAGUAUUCAGUUUAGCCUGAUCAAAAUUGCAUAAAUGAAAUGACCCAAGAAUUGUGUCCUUAAACUCAAGAUAUUGUAAAUGGACAAUAAUCCCUUUUGUAAGUAUUUUUAAUGUGUAUUGUAAGUUACUGGAAGAGGAUAUAUUUUUCUGGAGAUUGUUUAUACAGUGGACAGAUAUUCAAAAUUAAUGAUCUAAACAUCUAAAAAAUAAAGCCACCCCAUUCUGCAAGGAAAUGGGCCUCACUUCUUAUUCCAAACUAAUUUAGAAGGACCAUUGUUUUUAGAUAUUUGCUUAGAAAAUAUAAUCCUUAUUCUAGAAAAAGUAUAUGUAUUUUUAUGCAUUAACAUACAAUAUUUAAAGGUGAUAAUCACCCAAUUUGGAUAGCUGUAAGACAAUAUAGUGAUCAAAUUAAAUUUUUAAUCAUUCUGAUAGGCAGAUUGUGAGCAGUCAAGACGGUAUGGUCAAUGCAUAAACGGUUCGUGCAUAUCUAAAUUUUACUGAAUUAUUAUGCACUUUUCAGCUUUUCAUGAUCCUUUUUCCAGUGAUGAGUAGAGUAUGACCCUUCAACUGUAAUUUCAUAUGCCUCUCUUGUGUUUCAUCUUGUCUAUGUUGAUGUGUUGCCUAAUGUGUUCUUUCCAUGUCAGGAACUGUUAUAUUGCAGCAAGAGCUGUCUUAUUGCCUGGCCAGACAUGAAUAGCUUAAUUUUGUGUUGUACGUUUUUUCACGAAAAACAUAAUUUGGUUGGGAACUAUAGUGAUUAGAUAGGAUACAAAGCUUACAUUUUUUUGUAAACAAUAUUUGGAGUUGGAAGGUUUUUUGUAUUGGCGCUCCUAUCUCCAAACUGUUAAUAUGUGAAUUAACAAAUUAACUUUGUAUCUCUUUCCUCAGAGCAGUCAAGGUUAUGGUACGCUGGCAUUAGAUCAUGUGAAAAGCUGACUUUUCUGAUGCAUUUCUUCAGUGCAUUCAGAAUGCACGGCUAUGAAUGUAUUCAAACUGAUGUAUUCAGAACUGAUAGUGUGUUAAACAACUUACAUAGUUGAAAAGACUUUACCUAGUAGAAAGUGGUUAGCUUGUUUCAGUGCAUAUUUCUGGAUUUGAUUUUUUUUUAUCUGUUCCUCUUUUGCAGUUUAAUGCUGAAUGUGCAGUGAAAGGUAAAUUGGUUUCUAAGGUUUUGAGGGAAGGAUUUCCACUGGGUUGGCUUUGCACACUAAGAUAGUCAAUAAAUAAAUAGCUGGGGGGAAUGUACACAAAAUGCCUUAUACUUAAAGCCCUGAGUAAGUGGUGUAGUUCCAAUUAUAUUAAAUUAGUCUGAGGACUGGUGAAAAUAAUAGGAUAACCUUCUCUGAAAUUAAGGGCAUAUUCUCCUUAAAUAUCCUAGCUUUACAGUUUAUAGCAAAAAAUGUUUAAAUUCUAGCACAGAAGAGACAAGUGAGCAAAACUGAUUUUUUUUUUUUUUUUUUUGGGUACAUAUUUGACUUCUAGGAACUUCAAGUUUAUAGCAUAAGAGUGUUCUUAAAGCUGUCUUUUCUAGCUGUGCUUGCUCUGUUGUACUAUUAAUGGAAAAUGAAAUCUACUGUGUAAGAUGGAGAAUGAGUGGAAAAAAACCAUAUGGAGGUAGGACUUUCAACAGGCUAAGGAAAAUUGCACUGUAGCUUAUUCUACUGUUACUCAUAAAUAGAUAUUUUAUAUUUUUAUACAUUACAUUGGGUAGCUUCAAAAUGUCAUGUUCCAUGUACCACAUAGUCUAGUACCCAGGAAAUGUAUAUCAGAAUGUUUAUACAGCACCUUUACAACCCUAUCUCUAAGACUGCAACUACUUUACUGAAGUUUACAUGAAAAAAGUUUUACUAUUCUAUUUUCAUGUUUUAUAGGGGGCUAGGCUCAAGAGGACAGUUUAGCACAAAAUAUCAGGCAAUAUGAAUACUGUUACAGAAUAAAGAAUCACAGAAAUGCAAAAAUUAAAAAAAAAAACUUAAAUAUUUGUAUCUUAGGAUAUUUUUGUUUAAUAAUAAGCUAAGAUUCCUUCAAAUCAGGCAUAACAAAACAGCAGGUAAAACUGGAGCACUUUGUUUGCCCUAAGCUAUUCCUAGAGCUGAACAUGAAAAAUGUUUCUAGUAUAAGCAUCAGCUGGUACCAAAUUAUUUAUAAAUAAAUUUAACAUAGCUUUAAAAGGUAGUUAACAUGUCUUUUCAGAAGGACCAUACACUUGAAACCUUUCAUGAAGUGGUGCGAAAAUGUAUUCAUAUGUCACUGCUAGUGAACUUCCUCAGUUCCAGGUUGUAUAGUCCUAGAGAGAGAUAUAAUACUACUUUAUAGAAGCAGAUAUAAAUACACAUUUAUUACAAAAAGCUACAAGUUAAAUUUAUCUUAUUUGAUUACUGUAUAAAAUAAAACCUGAAACUAACAGUCACGUAGAGUGUGAUUUGGCACAAAAUUGUGUUUUCCAAGAGGCUGAAGAGACUCAAAUUAGUCUUAGACUGCCUUAAACACAGGAGCAGGAAUUUUUUCUGACCUGGCCCUCAAUCAGAACUAACAUAUGCAUUGCAUAUUGGGUAAGUUUUAGAAUCUGUUACUUUGAAAAUGGUUUCAUGUUUAUAAAAAAGCUAUUACUUUUGCUACCCAUACCAUGAACCGGUGUUGAAGCAUCUUUCUCCUGUGUGAUCACCUAUGAAGCUCUUCAGCCUGUCAUCACAUUUGCCUUACCACUUACCUUGCAAAUUGGGGGGGGGGGGGGGGGGAGGUGGAGAAGCUAUUUUAAGGUAAAUUGGCAAACCAAAGGGAGCUGUAUUUUGCUUAUUUACUUGGAAUUUUUUUUUAAGCUUAUGUACAGCUUUUCUCCUGGAAAAAAAAAAAAAAAACCCAGAUGCAUUUCUUUUAAAAUGGCAUCUCUAAAUGUGAUAUGUGGCUUCUUUUUUUUUUUUUUUACCAGAACAGUGUUAAAUUGUCUGGAUUUUAAAAGCUAUUAUGUUUUCCUUUGCUACUAUUUUUUUAUUACUGCUUUCAUUAUUUUAUACUCAAUUUGUUGCUUAUUUCCCAGGGCGUGUCCUGAACUUGUUGUAAGCAAUUGCUACUUAUGUGAAGAUUGUAAUUUUGAACUUGUAAAUACUUAAGGGCUGUUAGUGGCUGUUAGCUGCUCAAAUACAUACAAACAAACCUUGCAUGCUGUAAGUAAAUACAUCUGUUGUGCUAAAAGUUGUUUCUAUUUCAGUAUUUGCUUUCUCAAUACAAAAUUGAGAUUUUUCACCCACAAUACAUAAGAUAUUUAAUAAUUCAAUGGUAUGAAGGGGCAUGGCUGUCUAACUCCUCUUUACUGGGAGUCGUGCACCUAGUUCCUUCCAUGUUACAUUGAGAAUGAACCCUGAAGGUCAUGUCCAUGCUCUGACACACAUGCAGGCAUCAGUGUGUGUGAAGUGACUUACCUUCUAAGGUGUAAAUGUAAUGUCCUUGCUUUUGAGGUCUGAGAGAUUGUUCUUUUUAAAAUCAUACUUAGCCCAGUUUUUACAAGACUUUUAAAGGGCUUAACUUGGAAGCUGUUUCUUAGUAUGUGGAACUGGCUGUACAUUUGCAACACUUAAUUGAUGCUUUCCCCUCUGUACCAUAAUUGUGCUGAAUGAAGAGAUCCCAGAAUAAUGUCAGUAGAUAAAAUGAUGACAGGAGAAUUGAUUUCUUGGAGUAUUGUGACACAGCUUACUGUAACUGAUUCUUGGGUGUUUUUUUGGUCUAAUGUAGAAUGGUUUUAGGUUAUACAAUUUAUUUCUAUACUCUAUAAAUGACUUUGAAGAAACUUUGACUUUUUGUGGGAGGAAGUCUCAUUGAAUGAUGUCAUGCCAGAACUUUAUUCUAGUGGAAAGCUUAAGUGGCCUUUUUGUCUUAGAAAAAAUAUAUAAGCCUAUUUUAAAAUUUACUGUAAAUACCAUAUUUGUCAAAUUGAUAGAUUAGUUCGGUCACUAAUGUUGUUUUUCUUCCUAUAAUACUUCUUGAAACAAAGGCAAACAAAGCUUAAUUUGGAAACAAAAUGUGAUGCUGUGUGGCAGAGAGGAUAUAGCUCUUCAGGUGUUCUCUAAAAAGCAAGUAUCACAUGCUGGAGUUGAAGCAAAUUUAACUAUGCAUUAGAAAAAUUUCCUUGUGCUCCAUUCUGCACCAGAAAUAAUUUGCAUGUUGCUACAAGUCCAUUUAACAAAACGAAGCAAAGCGUAUGUGCUUGCAGUAUAUAAUUAGUAACUGUUCCUGUAGGAUCAAAGAAUAGAGGGUACAUAGGAGAAUACUACCUUAAAGAUAUUGACCAGUAAAUGUAAAUAAAAAGUCCUAUCAAGUUGGAGAAUUUUAUUAGUCACUAAACUUUGACUAAAUUAGUCACUAAGUUUUUCCCACAACUUUAUUUUUGUUAGAAAGUAUAAUGAAAGACAAGGGUGAUAUUCCUGAAACUGAAAUUAGAUCUUACUUUAAACAUCGAGAACUGUCUUAUCAUAACUGAAAAAGAUCAGUUCAGGAGCUAGUAACCUGAAAUGUAAGAGCAAAGUCUUAGGGGGAUUUUGUAUAAAACUUAAUGCACUUAAAAAUGAUGCCAAAAUUUGGCCUAUACUUGAUUUAUAUGAAAUCUGUAGUACAAUAUAGAUAUAUAUAUAAUAUAUUGCUUCUUGGAGUUUAAUUUUUUAUGUAUAGAUUUUUUCUUGUUACUGCAUUCCCUGAUAAAAGCAAGUGUUCAUAAAAUAUAAAACAGCUUUCUCUGUAUAAGGUAAGGCUGUAUGAUAGUAGUAUUUUGGGAAAUAAUGUAGUUGUAACCCCCAGUCUCUCAACCUCUUGGAGAACUUUAUUUAAAAAAACAAAACAAAAAACUUUCAAAUGCAAGCCUUGAGUUAGUUGAGGAUCGUAUAAUGGUUGCUGUAUAAUAGUGUACAACUGAUGUUUUAAAAAUUAAUACAUCGGAACUUUUUGUUAUAUUAUUGUUAAUGAUUUUGUACUCAUGGUACACUUUCUGCAGUUGUCAACUAAUAUUUAAACUCAUAUUGACUGGUAACUGAAGUGUCUAACUUCAUCUGCAAUGAGUGGGUAAUAAACUACUAUUGGAUUCAAA